AUGGAUGGUGUCCGACAACCGGUACUUGCGUUUGUAACGAAGGUUACACGGGCCAGUAUUGCAGGAGUAAGUAAGAAAUCUAUUUCUUAUUUUUGGAAGUGGUGGUGGCGUCGUUCACAGCCAUUGCCGGAUACGCCAAAUGUAUUUCACAGACACUUGGUGUGAAUGCGAGUAACAGGAAUGAUCCAAAAUGAACACCAAUGGCGUCUGUGGGUGCCCCGCCCCCCGGGAAUACGUACGGGGCUGAUGCUUUCUGGAGGGCAGUUGAACGAUUGGCCGACGUUUUAGGGAGGAUUGAAAUGAAAUAACCUGAAUUUAACAUUUUAUAAAUCUGCCCGAAUUUCCAUGGUUUUCUAAAGUUUCGUGUUUUUUUUUUGGGGGGGGGAGGAGGGCCAGUUACCCCCUUGUUUCAUACGCCUAUGCCCUCCCCCCGUUUCCAAUUCAGUUGUUACAGCAAUUUUAGAAAUUGACGAUCAAAUCUUAAAUCUUCUCAUAACUUAUAAACUCAUAGUGUUUCUUUCUCAGCACAGAUGACACGAUGUAUGAUGUCGUCCCCCUGUCAAAACGGGGGGUCCUGCUAUGAUGAUGAACAAAAACGAAUGUGCACGUGCCCUGUUAACUUUGAUGGUGAUUUUUGUGAGACAGGUAAGUGGGGUCAAGGAUAAGACCUAUUUCUAACACCAUACUUCCCUGUGUGAAUAUUUUUAUAGGGGCUUAUUAGAGAGAUGAGUGUAUUAUCUCUAGGAGGGGUUUAUUAAAGAGAUGGGUGUAUUAUCUCUAGCAGGGGCGUAUUAGAGAGAUGGGUGUAUUAUCUCUGGGAGGGACUUAUUAGAGAGAUGGGUAUAUUAUCUCUAGGAGGGGCUUAUUAGAGAAAUGUGUGUAUUAUCUGUAGCAGGGGCUUAUUAGAGAGAUAGGUGUAUUAUCUCUAGGAGGGGCUUAUUAGAGAUAUUGGUGUAUUAUCUGUAGCAGGGGCUUAUUGGAGAGAUGGGUGUAUUAUCUCUAGGAGGGGCGUAUUAGAGAUAUUGGUGUAUUAUCUGUAUCAGGGGCUUAUUGGAGAGAUGGGUGUAUUAUCUCUAGGAGGGGCUUAUUAGAGAUAUUGGUGUAUUAUCUGUAGCAGGGGCUUAUUGGAGAGAUGGGUGUAUUAUCUCUAGGAGGGGCUUAUUAGAGAUAUUGGUGUAUUAUCUGUAGGAGGGACGUAUUAGAGAGAUGGGUGUAUUAUCUGUAGGAGAGGCUUAUUAGAGAGAUGAGUAUAUUAUCUCUAGCAGGGGCUUAUUAGAGAGAUGGGGUGUAUUAUAUUUAGGAGGGGCUUAUUAGAAGAUUAUUAGAGCGUUUGCGAUAAUAAAAGAGGACAAAGCAUAUGUCCAACUUCCGGUUCUUUUCAGCGUCAGUUGUGUUCGAUUGUAAAUCGUAACUAUGUUUAUGUUAUAAACAAUAUAAUGUUUCUAUUUUCAGAUAUAAGUUCGUGCAAUCCAUGUGAGUCUAAAGCAAUUCAAUGCCAUCAGCUUUCAAACCAUGCUGGCUGUGAAUGUAAAUUCCCUUAUGCUGGUUUUGAUUGUUCUCAAAGUAAGUGUGAUUCAAAGGACUAUUUAAUAGUUUUUUUUUAUAACAACUUGUUAACAAGUUGCUGAGUUGAGAUUUGAAAGCACUUGGUACAGGACAUUUGUAACAAGUGGUUUGUAAGCUGCUGCUGGCGUGUAACAACUUGUCAACAAGCUGAGAAAAAGUAGUGCGAACAAAACUUGUUACCAGCUUGUUAGAAAACAGUUUUGUAACAAGCGUACUGCUGGACUGUAACAAGUUGUGAACAAACUGCAACGAAGAAUAUCGAGGAGGAUACUGGAGUAUCAGAAGAAAACCUAACAAUUUUAGUUAAACUGGAAUGUCUGCAUGUGAUCAGGUGAAAUCAUAAACAGACAACUACAUAAUACUGCUAGACUCGCAUCUUGGGGACAAACGUGAAACUUACAUGCACUAAAGCCCUGGUAAAACGCGAAUGAGAGUUGAUGAGAAUUGAGAAGCGAGAGUUUGUAUGAGAGUUUUCUCAACUCUCAUACCCCCGUCAAACGAGAACAAGAGUUGCAUGAGAGUUGAUGAGAGUUGAUAAGCGAGAGUUUGUAUGAGAGUUUUCACAACUCUCAUGUCCCGGUCAAACGAGAACAAGAGUUGCAUGAGAGUUGAUGAGAAUUGAGAAGCGAGAGUUUGUAUGAGAGUUUUCUCAACUCUCAUACCCCCGUCAAACGAGAACAAGAGUUGCAUGAGAGUUGAUGAGAGUUGAUAAGCGAGAGUUUGUAUGAGAGUUUUCACAACUCUCAUGUCCCGGUCAAACGAGAACAAGAGUUGCAUGAGAGUUGAUGAGAGUUGAGAAGCGAGAGUUUGCAUGAGAGUUUUCUCAACUCUCAUACCCCCGUCAAACGAGAACAAGAGUUGCAUGAGAGUUGAUGAGAGUUGAUAAGCGAGAGUUUGUAUGAGAGUUUUCACAACUCCCAUGUCCCGGUCAAACGAGAACAAGAGUUGCAUGAGAGUUGAUGAGAGUUGAGAAGCGAGAGUUUGCAUGAGAGUUUUCUCAACUCUCAUACCCCCGUCAAACGAGAACAAGAGUUGAUGAGAGUUGAUAAGCGAGAGUUUGUAUGAGAGUUUUCACAACUCUCAUGUCCCGGUCAAACGAGAACAAGAGUUGUAUGAGAGUUGGGGAGAGUUGAGAAGCGAGAGUUUGCAUGAGACUUUUCUCAACUUUAAUGCGUCGGUCAAACGAGAACAAAAUUUGCAUGAAAGUUGAUGAAAGUUGGGAAAUGACAGUUUGCAUGAGAGUUUUCUCAACUCAUGCAUGCCCCGGUCAAACAAGAACUGGAGUUGCAUCAGAGACUUGACUGGAUAUUACCGCGCGAUAGCGAAAACUCUCCUAAACUCUCUUUAAAAUUUGAACCUGUUUAAACUUGAUGAGAGUGCACGAGUGUCUCAUCAACUUUCAUCAACUUUCUUCCUCGUCUUAACCUCUGCGCUACAACGAAAUGUUGUUUUUGCAGAUCAAAUGUCGCGCAUGAAAUGCCCUAAAAGAUACGGACUAAGCCAUGACCUCCGCACUGUACCUGAUGAAAACUUUGAAGCAACUUCAGAAGUGAAUGAAAAUUUCAACGCCUCACAAGCACGACUACAUAACCCAAGCUCUGCUUGGUGUGCGUCACUCUCGGAUGUUGAGCGUAUCUUAACAAUUUCGCUCGGGGGAAAAAACUGUAUCUUGGGCUACGCAAUUCAAGGUGACCCGAGCGCCGAUAAUUUUGUCACCGAGUUCAAAUUUCAACGAAAAAUGUUGGAAAGUUCUUCAUUUAGGGAUAUAGCAACUGAACAAGUCGUAAGUGUGCUUUUUUCUUCUAUAUCUGUUUAAAAACUUUCAAGAAUACUGCAAAUCGUCAACUAAGUCCCGUGUGCUUAUUUACACAGAGACGGGGUUUAAUAAAUUCCUUCUUUGAGAUGUGCGAGAGAGCUUAUUAGAGAGGAUUAUUAGAGGGGUUUUAUUCGAGAGGGCUUAUUAGGAAGUGUGGCGUAUUAGAGACGAGAUUAUUAGAGGAGCUUGGUGGGGAGAGUGUUAUUAGAGAGGUGUUAUUAGAGAGGUGUUAUUAGAGAGAUGUUAUUAGGGGGUUGGAUAGAGGGGGUGACAUUAGAGAGGUGUUAUUAGGGGGCUUGAUAGAGGGGGUGUUUUUAGAGAGGGUGUUAUUGGGGAGGCUUGAUAGAGGGGUGGUAUUAGAGAGGGGGUUAUUAGAGGGUGCGUUAUUAAACGGGGGUUACUCGAGAGAAGGGCGGGAGGAGGUUUAUAGAGGUGGUGUUAUUAGAGAGGGGGCGUAUUAGAGAGGAGGGCUUAUUACAGAAAGGUUAUUAGAAUGCGGGUUAUUGGAGACAGGGCGUAUUAUAAAGAGGGGGUGGUGUAUUAGAGAGAGGGCGUAUUAUAGAGAGAGUGUGGUGUAAUAGCCCUCUAUUAAAGAGGCGUUUAAAGAGAGGUGGUUAUAAGAAAGGAAUGCUUAUUAGUACAAUUGAGGGAGGGAUAAAUAGGGUAUUUACGCUACAAUAAUAGUUGAUCAUGAGAUUGUUUUGUUAUUCAGACGUUUACAGGUCGAAAUGUUGUUCAUGAACGCAUGUUUGACGAAGUAAUUGUCGCAAGAGCCGUGAAGUUUGUGGUGACAGCUUUCCAAGGAGACUAUGCUUGUCUGCGAGUUGAACUGUAUGGAGCUCCCUGUGGUAAGUUGUACCGUGUACACGUGUUAUACACGUGGAGAUUACAUCUAGAUGCCUGCUUUCCAUCAACUCAUUUCUUUUCUACAGGAAAUUCCAAUCCUGGUGAAGCUGCAGAGUAUUUUCACCACUUGGGAAUUAAAGACGAAAACGAGUUUCCACAAGACAAAUUUGGUUCAUCUUCGUUUCGAAGUGGUACUAUGAAAUCUUUUAAUGCGCGUUUGGACGGCGACAGUGCCUGGUGUCCAAGUAAUGGAGAUAGUGAUCCAAAACUUGUUCUUAAACUGCCAAGAAUGCAGCUGGAAGUUGUUGGACUUGUUACCCAAGGAUUGAAGCAAGACAGUAAUCACUUUUAUACAAGAUAUUACACUGUAAUGGUGGGCACUACAAUCCACACAGCUGGUGGGAAAAACGUACGUUGAAAAUUUACUUUAGGGGUCGGUUGUUCAAAGCUGAAAGAGCGCUAUCUCUGGGUUAAAAUUUAACCUGCUGGUUUAGUUUAUGUAUUUCUGCGAGUCUGUUUCUUUCAGAACAGACAUCAUUUUCUCUUUGGCGUAUCAUCUAAAAUCUCUUCAUAUUGGCAUUAUUUUACAGAUAUAGCACUAAACAUACUUUUUAAGUUUGUUUGCCGAUUGAGAAACGUAUCGAAAAAUAAAAAUUUUGAAUUUAGUCAUAACCUCAAGUGGUAUAUUAUACGCAUUAGUUUUGAGCGCGUGUUACGUAACAUACAAAAAAAUCUCCUCUUAAAUUCUAACCAGGUGUCUAGUUUAACGUAUAUCCGCCUAGCAUAGUCCGUUAAGUCAAUCGGGAAAUCCUGUUGAUACUAAUCAGAAUUACUUGUGUAUUAAUAUGAGAGAAUCAAUGGAAAAGAUGUAUGGAAAUAUUUAUGAGGUGAAAUGGGCUGGGUUUAGUUCUCUCGUAGCUAUAUAUGUUUUUUUCUUGCAGACAGCUCUUGGGAACUUUGAUGGAGAUACGAAAACAGUGCAGUUUCUUGAUGAUCCUAUUCCACUGUAUGAUGAUAAAAAAAAUGUGAAGAUUCUGCUAGGGAAUGAAGAUACCAGGAAAUGUUUAAGAGUUGAGUUGCUUGCUUGUGGUAAGUUUGUUUUUCGUUAAAAGACAUUAAAGGUCAUUUGACUUCAUCACCAUCAUCAAACACUUAUUAAUAAUUCAUAAGCUUAUUGGCAAAUCAUGUUAACCAUAAUAUGUCACGUGAAGAGCCUUUAUACCUAAUAAAACUCGUCUUCAUUAGUAUUCUUUGUAUAAAAGUCCAUCCUAAUUAGUAUUCUUUAUAUAAAGUAUACUAAUGAGACGGCAUCUAUUGUAGUCGUGUUUGAAGCUGUUCAAAAUACUUGUAGUCGUGUUUUAUCAUAUCUAAAAUGCUCGUGCUGCGCACUUGCAUUGUUAAAUAUGAUAAAACACUCCUACGCGUGUUUUAAAUAGUACUUUUACCAUCUUUUUUUUAUCUAGACCGCCAGGAACCUUGCCACUCUCAUCCCUGCCUUCAUGGUGGAACAUGUGAACGAACCCAAGGAAAUGAAUCCACAUGUCGGUGCAGGACGGGGUUUUCUGGACCCACAUGUGAAAUUGGUAAAAAAAAUUUACUUUUUAGUUUGUUAUUUUAUUUGCUAUGAUUGGUAUAUAACCCACGUUUAGUGUUAUUCCAGUUUCUUUUUUAUUAAUUGUGAGAUCCAUGCACAUCCGUGGUUUUAUAGCAAUAGUUUCAAUAUUGAGGCAUCUCAAAAUGUAAAUUCCAACAUUGUACGUUAGAAAGCGAAUAAUUUGGUCAAUUUGUCCUUAGUAAUGCCUGAAAGUCCAUCCAGUUUAAAGGCUGGUUUACACUAUCAAAGUUUCUGUGAUCACAGUAGGAAUUUCGCAUAGGUAAAUUCUAAGUUUUGAAGGAUUUGUAGGAAAUGUUUGAAGGAACUUACCUAGUGUUUAAUACUGAGUCAGUUUCCUCAAACAUUUCUUACAAAUCCUUCAAAACUUAGAAUUUUCCUAUAUAAAAUUCCUACUGUGAUCACAGAAACUUUGAUAGUGUAAACUAGGCUUUACCAGUGAUCACACAUUUUAACAGCUGAAUGCCACGAGAAACUUGACUUCCUUCCUGGAGAUGUCGUAGUGUCUUCGGACAAAAACAACGAUGCUUCAACAACAUAUAGACUGGACACUCCUGAAUUAUGGUGUACGGAACUGACAGAUACUGAGAACUCUGUUGAACUGAAUUUUACCCUCGUACACAAUAUCUAUGGGUUUGCCAUUGGAGGAUCGACCGAUACGGCGACAGAAAUAUUUGUCAAGAAAUUCAAAUUUUUCUUCAAACUAUAUUAUUGGCAACCUUGGUCUCCGGUUCUGAUAAACGGAGCUGAGGUAUGUUGGCGCUUAGCAGGGAACAGAUGGCCGCAACUUCAGAAAUAUUCAAUUGUUUAGGGUCACAAGUUCGCAUACAUGUAUACGUUUGUCAGUAUUGCGUGCGGAAAGUGCUACCAUUUUCGGCCCAAAUGUGGUAGGAAUGUGCAGGGCGCUGUAAAACACCCUGGAAUGGUGUAGCAAGUUUACAGCGCCCUGGAAUGUGGUAGCAAUUUCCGCACGCAAUACAAAAGUGUACAAAAUGUACAAACUUGGCAAGGCUAUAUUUACAACAUUUCGCAACCAAACUUUGCAGUUUUACUCAUUUUAGUAUGCUCCUUCCAGCUGUGGUGAUUUAUUUGCAUCUCCUUGCCUAGUUUUAAAAUUAGUCUAUAAUGGGAAUUGUCUAUUAUACAGUAACCUAUUGAUUUUAUUCCAACGGUCUGUGCUAGGUAGUGACAAUAACAGCAAAAAACUGCCGAAUUGAGAGGGACUUUUCGAGCGAAGGUCCUUUUCAUCGGGAAGUUACCGAAAUCCUGAUAUUAACCUGGGUCGUUUCAUGUUUUGCAGGAAUUUGAGGGAACAAUGAAAACAGGACAGGAUAGAGUGGAUUAUUUUCUGGACGCGCCUGUAUUGGCAUCGGUUGUCAAGUUUCAAAUACUGGAGUACAAUGACGAGCUCAACAAGUGUGCAAGGGUUGAAGUUCGAGGAUGCUCUGAUACAGGUAAGAACUUCAUUUGGGUGUGCCUAAUAGAGAGCGUCUAGACUUAUCAUUAGGGGGGGGGGUCUCCCUUUCACUAUAAAUUCAUGCAAAGAGUGGAGUCUAACCCCAAACUAUUUUUUAAUCACUAUAGUUAGGAGAUAGAAAUUAAUUCUAAAAUACGCACCAGAUCAAUUUUGACUGUUUAACUUUCGCACUUUAACUUUAACUGAAAUUUUAUACAACCAUCUCCACAACCUCGUACCCAGGAUCUUUCUUUGGGAAAGAUCAUCUCUCCCAGAUGACAGAAGGAGAGACCCUGGGAACGAGGUUGCCAUCUCCACUCUGCGGGUCAUCUCUUGGGUCGGUGACUUGGAUAAUCACACCUUGCGUUAUUAAUUAAUUAUUGUGAUAAUUUAUUUAGAUUUUUGCGAGACUCGACUACCAUGUUUAAAUGGCGCGCCAUGUCGUCUGGAAGAAAGAGAACCAGUUGUUUGUGAUUGUGUUGCUGGUUUUAAAGGAAAGCUUUGCGGACAAAGUAUAAUAUUUUCAUUAUUAAAUAUACCAUAUAUAGCAUGUCAAACAUUAACGACCAAACACUUGGACACUCCAGUCCAGGGGUGAAUCAGGGGGUGACCGGGGAUGAAUCAAGGGUGAUCAGGGGUUAAUCAAUGGUGAAUCAGGGGUUGUCUAGUGUCUUAAUUAAAGGGUGAGCUAGCAAGGUAGCUUCUUCUGUACUCAAAUGAUGACGUCAUCGCCCAUCAAAGUUUAUUUUAUAUUUUUAGGCAAGCGUCCCAACAAAUCUCAAUGCGUAAAUUUUGCUCAAUUGUAGAUAUAUGCGACGAAUUAAAUUGUCAUAGUGAUGCAACUUCUUGUGGUCAAUCUUCAAAUUUUGCAUGUCAGUGCAAGCCUGGUUUCCAAGGCAACGGUACUUUCUGUGAAGGUUUGUGUAAAUUAAAUUUUCUUCAGGGUUUGGUUAUAUCCCCACUAAGAUUUGGCCUGUAUCGUUUUGGUUAGUGUUUUUACGAUUUAUGAUAACGUCAUGCAACAUCUAACCUUUACUAUAACACUAACUUUCACCCAGUAGUGGUCACGCAGGGGCACCCCGAAUGAUUUUUGAUUGCUAACUGAAUAACUGUAUAGCAAAGCUGUAACAAUAAUAUUUUCAACCAUGGAAACAUUGGUAGGCUAUAAAUUAAACUAAAUAUUGCAUAAAAUUUGAGGCAAGAAGUUUAAAAAGAUUAAGAUUUCCACCUACAAAAGGCGGUCAUAUGUUGACACCCUAUUUGCCCCCCCCCCCCAUAUUUCACAACUUGUCCGCCAUUGUUCUGACCGUUACCGCUGUAUCCUAACCGUAAUCCAAACCAACCUUGCAUGAAUAUUAUCAUAAAUCACAGUAACCACGCUUGAUCAUGAUCCGUGUUAUAGAAAGUCUUCUUCAAUUAAUUGACAUAGCCUGCUUUCUGCUCGAAAUAUCGAAUUUCCCCGUUGUUUUCCACAUUUUGAAAAACCUGAGGCUAUAAGCACGCCAAAUGUAGUAUAGUUUCUGGUCAAGGCUACAGCAAAUGUUUUUCCAUUAUUAGAUAUAUGCGAGGUCUCAAAUUGCCAUGGAAAAGCAACUUGUGGGCAGUACACAAACUAUAAAUGUGUUUGUCAAGAGGGUUGGCAAGGCAGCGGACAGUUUUGUGAAGGUAGUACACUACUUAGUUUGAGUACAUUAUAGCUGCACUGUUACCACAAAUUUUGUCACCUUUAGAAUGCUCAAUUAGUUCUAAACUGUUCUCCCUAGAGGUCAGUAAGGGUGGUUCAGUGUUAUCAUAGGAGGACCGUUCAGUGAGAAUCUACGGUGUUUUGAAGAAUCAAACUGGAAGCACUCUUCUCAAAUUAUAAUCAGACAACUUGCCUAGCAGGUCGGAAUGCAACCUGGCGUCGAGACACAUGCACUGGUCACUACGUCACCACAGCCAGUCUUGACAGAGAGCUAAUUGCACACAGUAAUUAUACUGUAAAUACUAAGAAAUAAUGCUACUCAAUUCUACUCUAUAUAACGUAGGAACUGUAAAUAUUUUGAAUUCAUCAGAUAUAUGUCAAGUAUCAAAUUGCCAUCAUAAUGCUACAUGUGGCCAGAAUACGAACUAUCAAUGUGUUUGUCAUGAAGAUUUUCAAGGAAAUGGAACAUUCUGUGAAGGUAUACUGUUCAACCUUGGAUUAUAGAUUCACGGUUGAACUGGUGAAACUCUAUUUACACUUGCAAGCUGGGAACGAGGUUGGCGCUAUCAGUUUUAAACUGUUUUUCCUAGAGCUCCAGGAAGGGUAAUGUCGUAUCGAUUCGACUACAGAACGAAACCUAAAUUAAGCUAAUUUUAUUUACACUUGCAAGCGCUAUCAGUUCUAAACUGUUCUUCCUAAAGGUCCCGCGUCACUCCUCUCACACGCUACUGAAAAGCAUUAGGGAGCCACCUUAAACAAGCAACGUUUUUGUCAACACAAACUGUGUUGUGUCAGUUUGUGGUAAUCUUCAACAUAUAUGAGAAAACAUAAGAUUUAAAAAUUUUUUUCUUCCUUGCACGAGCGCUAUGAUACAAAAUGGCGCCAAAACUAGUUAUACCAAUUUUCAGGUGACGACCUUGUUGACAAAAACGUCGCUUUAUGUAGUAAUCAUACAACCCAGAGAUCACAGAGAUGAAAGAUGAUUCUGUAUUGAAGAACCGCGUUGCAGUUAUUUAAUGUUGUUAUAUAAUCUGUUCAUUUUACUCUAGAUCGAUGUAUUGCUGCCAACUGUGAUGACCAUGCUCAUUGCAGUAAGGCGACUGGCUACCAGUGUUUUUGUGACUACGCCUACCAUGGGAAUGGAACAUACUGCUACGGUAUGUAAGGGACUAACAUUUUACAGAAAUUCUUAUAUUUCCCAGCCUUCCUCACACUUGUAUUUUCGUAUAUGUCUCUCCCUCUUUACUGGUGUAUUUUAAUUUUGUUUGUUAGAUUUAUGCGAGGCAGCAAAUUGUGAUGACAAAGCGACGUGCCAUAUGUAUGAUGACAUAAAGUUUGCAAACUGUUCGUGUGACCGAGGUUUUGGAGGGAAUGGAACACAUUGCUUUGGUAGGUAAAUUAUUUACCAUUUUUAAUCGUUAUAUGUAUCCCGCUUCACUGGUGUAUUUUUGUUUGUUAGAUUUAUGCGAGGCAGCAAACUGUGAUAAAAAUGCGACGUGCCGUAUGUAUGAUGACAUAAAGUUUGCAAACUGUUCUUGUGACCGAGGUUUUGGAGGGAAUGGAACACAUUGCUUUGGUAGGUAAAUCAUUUACCAUUUUUAGUCCGUUGUGUGUCCCGCUUCAUUAGUCUAUUUUUGUUUGUUAGAUCUGUGCGAGGCAGCAAAUUGUGACGACAAUGCGACGUGCCACAUGUAUGAUGACAUAAAAUUUGCAAACUGUUCUUGUGACCACGGAUUUCUAGGAAAUGGGACACACUGUAUUGGUAUGUAACCUUUCCAUAUUGCUAUCAAAAACGACGUCACAAGAAUUGAGAUUAGUGUUAAGAGUAGGAUUAGGUUAGGAUUGUCGUUAGGGUUAGAUUGGAUUAGGCUUUGGGUUAGGGUUAGGGUUAUGAUUAUAGUUCGAGGUAGGUUGAGGGUUAGGAUUGAGGAUAUCGAGAGAAAUCGCAGAACUUAAAUUGAGGGUGUUAAAUUGGGAAAUUCACUCGUGUCAUUAGUAGUUCAUUGUACGGUCUUAUUAGAUUUGUGCAAAGAAGCAAAUUGUCAUGAAAAUGGACAUUGUGUGUUACGAGAUGAAAUAAAGUUUGCUAAUUGUUCCUGUGAUGAAGGAUACCGAGGAAAUGGAACUUUCUGUACAGGUGUAGUUGAAUUAUCAAAUACUUAUCAUACAUGAACCAUGCCUGGUAUUUUUUGAUAGUUUGUUUAAUGCUUUAGAUACUAAACAUUUCUUUUGCAGCAUAUUAUGAUUGGAGUUCGUGGACGACAUGUCAGAAGGAAUGUGGUGUGGAAUUUAAUAACAGAACGAGAGAGUGUGUUGAUCCUGGAGCAUCAUUUUGUCUUGCUGCUGAAACUAUACAAAAACGAUCUUGUGAGCUUCAGCCUUGUGCAGGUACUAUUUUCGUAUCUGGUUAAAAUUUGUUCUCAAACUAAUGAAUCUGAAGAUGCAAUUUGAAAUAGUUUUGAAGUACAAUUCUUCUACUGUUGCUGUCGUAAAUUGCUACUAUUUACUUUGUGUUUACAUAAUAAUACUGAUUCUUUACGUCGUAUAUAAGCAUUUUGAUGUCUGUUUAGAUUUCCUACUGUCCAACAGCUGAUAAUUUACAAAAAAUUAACAUUCAUUUUGUAGAAAUAUUUUUUUAAUUUUUCCUAGUCCAUGGUAACUGGACAAGUUGGGGUGAUUGGAGUUCAUGUAUUACGACAUGUGGAUCAGGUUAUCGUGAACGUAUCAGAGAUUGCACUAAUCCGAGACCUCAAUAUGGUGGUGAUGAAUGUCCAGGAGUGGGCAAAGAAAUUGAGGAUUGUGUAGUGGCAACAGUAUGUCCAGGUACAUUAAUGUCCAGGUAGAUAGUGUUGUCUGAUACAUACGUAAAAAUGCACAAGUUGUAACACACCUGCAGCAGACGUGUAGCAAUCCUGGAUGUGUUCAUUACAGGAUGUGUUCGCACUGCUUGUUCCCAGCUUGUUGACAACUUGCUGCAAGGUUGUUGAACUUAACAGACUUGUUAAAAGUUGUUCCAACAACUUGUUAUCGUCCUACAAUUCAACAAUUUGUCAACAAGUUGCGAGUGACAACCUUGUAGCAACUUGAUAAAAUAACAGCAUUGUUACAACUUGUUGACAAGCUUGUUACAAGCCUGUUGCGAACACAUCUUGUUGACAAGUUGUGAGGUUUUUACGUAUGUACAUUCGGUGAUGUCUUGUCUGAGGUGUGCGUGAGUCAGUCGGUUUGGUUGGUUGGUCAACACUCAAAUUGGUACUGAUAAUUUUUCACAUGUCGCUCAAUAUUAUUCAAUCCAACAGAACAGCUCACUAUUAUCAGGCCAGUUCAAUAGUUGCCAUAUGAUCCAUUAUUAUUAUUAUUAUUAUUAUUAUUAACGAGGAACAGAAGCGAAAUAUGCAACUUUAGGUUCUUGGUAGGAACCUGCGGCCCUGUGAUAUGAUAACUGUGUUCUUGUAUAUUUUCUGCAGGAGAGGGGGGUUUUGGUGAUUGGUCGUACUGGAGUGAAUGCAACAUGACUUGUAACCAAGGUGUUCAAAAUCGUUCAAGAGUUUGUGAAAACGAAGUUGCAGGAUGUCUUGGUGAAAUAACACAAACAAAACCUUGUCUUUUGAAAUAUUGCCCAGGUUAGAAAAUUGGAACUUUGAACAUCUUUAUGCACCGAAAUACUUUGAACAUCGAAAUAUCAAAUUUUGCUUUUAGUGAACGGUAGUUACACAGCAUGGAGUAAUUGGACAUCUUGUUCCACGUCAUGUGGUCCUGGGCAACAAUUACGUCAUAGAAAUUGUACAGAGCCUAAACCUGCUUAUGGUGGCGCUGAUUGUGAAGGGCCUGGGACAGAGGCUAAAGAAUGCUUUAUAGAAAUAAUAUGUCAAGGUAGUAUAGGUUGUUGACCCGUGCAACAAUAAAACGACAACGACAGCGACAGUAACAUUGACGACAGCAACACUGACGACAGCAACACUGACGGUCACUAACUAAUAUUCCAAUUGUAAACUAACUUUUCUCCUUCACAUUUAAGGUGACUUUGGUUAUUCGUUGUGGUCGUCUUGGAGUCCCUGUACUACUACAUGUGGAGACGGUCAGCAUUGGCGAGCACGGGAAUGUGAAAUACCAGGACCUUCAUUUUGUACUGGUGAAAAAAACCAAACUGAUGUCUGUAAUAUUAAGCCAUGCGCAAGUAAGUGUUGGUGUAAUCCUCUAAUGUUUUACUGAGUAUUCCUGAUAUUACCUUGUGAAGAGUUUUGUGUUUUUAUGAGAGGAAUUACAUCUCUAACUCGGGGCUUGUGAUAUCCCCCACCAUCAAGCGCAAAUUAUUUCUCUGAGUUUGACCCAACGACGUCCAUGAUUCGUUUCACGGCGAAAAGGGGAAUUAGAGCGCUAAACGAAUUACCUCUUGCAGUAAACGGAGCUCUCACAAACUGGACAGAUUGGAGUGAGUGUGAUAGUGAGUGUGGUUCUGGACAACAAGAGAAAACAAGAUCUUGCAGCAACCCAGUUCCACAACAUGGCGGAGAUGAUUGUCCUGGUGAAACUAGAAGAAUACAGGACUGUAUCAUGCCUGAUUGCCCAGGUUUGCAGCUUUUUAUUUCAACUUGUCAUUGCCAAGGUUGGUGUUGGUGCCAUGUGAGCCUCACGUGUCUGAGACAAACUUCGAUUCAGUCUCAUCACAUUUCAAACAAACUUUAGUUGUGCAACAAGCUCUGUCUGUCAGUUGUUUACAAACAUUAUUAUUUCUUAUUUUUAGGUGACUUGAGCUACACAGCCUGGUCCAGUUGGAGUAUGUGCAGUGUGUCGUGUGGCAGUGGUGUCCAGACCAAGACUCGGUAUUGUUUAAGCAGCACUGGAGAUGGUUGUGCAGGCCCUCCACAGGAAACCAAGGAAUGUUUGCCACCACCAUGUCCAGGUAGAAUAACUACUGGUGAUAUAGAGCAACUGGUAACAAGUUGUUCUUUCUAUUCCAUAAUGUCUCUAGUAAUUUCUAGCUUUGUGUGAAAGUAAAGAAGGUGCUAAUUAUACAUUCUUUUACCAGUAAAUGGUGGUUUCACCGAGUGGAGUGAUUGGUCAAUCUGCACAGUCACGUGUGGCUCUGGUACAAUACAACGAGCACGAGAAUGUAGCAAUCCUGAACCAGCGAACAAUGGUAGUGAUUGUUUUGGGUUGGCUGUGGAAGCUAAGGAAUGCUCCAUGCCAACCAUCUGUCAAGGUAAAAUAUUAUUAAUUUGAAAUAUUUAUCCUUCAAAUAAACUUAAAUAGAGGCCAAAAACAUGUUUACAUAUGUCCCCAUUUCUCAGUACCUUUUAUUUCUUUCUUUAGAUGAAUUAGGUUUUACAGUUUGGUCGUUAUGGUCAGCCUGCAAUGUGGAAUGUUCAGCUGGACAAAUAUUUAGAACAAGAGAAUGUAUAGAUCCUACUUUGGAAACUUGUAAUGGAACAUAUAAACAAAACAACACGUGUUAUGCUGGGCCAUGUCCAAGUAUGUUCAAAUAUAGUUCUCAAGUGAUGACCUCAGGAAUAACUAUUUUUUUUAAAACAAGAUAGCUCUUUAAAUCAACAUGAUAAGUGAUAACUCGCAUGCCUAGUUAUUUAUGUAAUGAGAAAAAGGUAGCAAAUAAUUUGCACCAGAAUUCACGAAAUAUUACUUUGUAUUCUUUUCAGUCCAUGGUGGAUAUUCGGAGUGGACGCCGUGGUCUCCAUGUAGUGGAUACUGUGGCUCUGGUCUUCAAAGUCGUACGAGAACCUGCAGUAAUCCCGAACCUGCUUUUAAUGGUGCUGGAUGUUCAGGGAGCAGUGACGAAACUCAAGAUUGUCAACAUUCAAGCAUCUGUUCAGGUGAAAGUGGUUAUGGUGAAUGGUCUCAAUGGACAUUGUGUACUCAGACAUGUGGAAACAGUACACAGAUAAGAACAAGAACAUGUAAAGAAGAUGCACAACCUCAGGAAUGUUCUGAUCCUUCUACUCAGAGCAAACCUUGUGACAAAGGACAAUGUCCUAGUAUGUAUCUUUACAUCUUUUAAUGUUAGUGGGUUUCAAUAACCGAGUCAGUAGAUGUUGUACAAUAAAUAUGAAACGAUUCCUCAUCUAUUUUUCGUUAGUUCAUGGUGACUGGUGUGAGUGGUCAGUUUGGAGUAUCUGUAGUGCAUCUUGUGGUUCUGGUUCAAAAUCACGUCAUCGUACAUGUACUCACCCUGUUCCUUCCUAUGGUGGUCUACCAUGUUUUGGAAAUGCUGAUGCGUAUGAUGAUUGCACCUUGCCAUUAGACUGUCCAGGUUAGGGUGCUCUAGAUGUUUCAUUUCCAAUUAAGGCAAAACCGUUGAUACGUUUAAUAAGCUAGCCUAUGUCUAUACUUGCUACCCAAUUCUUAUAGAAUGGAACAAAGGUAACCAACUGUUUCAAUUAUGUAUGUAAAUGGCUUGAGUAACAAUAUGCCUCAUACGACGUGCGUUUAAAUCAAAAUGUGUGGCAGAGAAAGUCCGCCAAAUGAAAAGAAAAAGUUCUAUGGAUUUAAUAUUCAAUAUUUUAGGCGAUGAUGAAUUUUCAGAGUGGGGGAACUGGGGAGCAUGUAAUGUCACGUGUGGUGAGGGGACACGUCAAAGAUCCCGUUACUGUAAAGUUGUACCCACAUAUCCCCCAGCUGAAGAUCGUUAUUGUACACGUCCUACCAAGCAGCAUAUCCCUUGUUAUGAUGAACUUUGUGCAGGUAAGGAAAUAUAUCAUGUGAUUGUCGAUGUUAGUCAGUCAGUACAAUCUUCUAAAAUCUAACUCUUAUGUUCGUAUUCUAAAAGGUCACUCACACUUAAUGAGUAGAAGUUCAAUCUGAGUUUCCCUUAAGUGUCAGUGCUAUUUUUGAGUAGUUGGAGGGUUAGUAUCGUACCUUACUAUGUGACUACUCGCCCUCCAGCUAUUCCAAAACAGCAUUGACACUCAAGGGAAGCUCAGAUUGUACCUCCACCCUUUGAGUGUGAGUGAGCUUUUAGAAUACAGGCGUUAGUGUCGUUCCUUACUAUGUGACUACUAACCCUCCAGCUAUUCCAAAACAGCAUUGACACUCAAGGGAAGCUCAGAAUGAACCUCCACCCUUUGAGUGUGAGUGAGCUUUUAGAAUACAAGCGUUAGUCAAGUACAUUACAUCUGUGAAGCCUGAUUUACACAAUCAAAGUUUGUAUGAUCACAGUAAGAAUUUUGCAAGAAUUUUGGGUAAAUUCUCUGUUUUGGAGAAUUUGUAAGAAAUGUUUAAGGGAAGUGUCUCAGUGUUAAACAGUGAGUCAGUUUCCUCAAAUAUUUCUUACAAAUCCUUCAAACUUAGAAAUUACCUAUGCAAAAUUCCUACUGUGGUCACAGAAACUUUGAUAGUGUAAACCAGACUUUAGCCAAGUAUGUUACAACUGUAACUUUGUGAAAUUAUUAACAUAAAAUUAAUUUUGUUGCAGUGAACGGAAACUUCACUCCAUGGACAGGCUGGUCAGCAUGUACAACAUCAUGCGGUGUUGGAACACGCACAAGAUAUCGUAAUUGUACCAAUCCUCCGCCACUGUUUGAUGGCAGCGACUGUCUUGGACCUCUCCAUCAAAUGAAGGAAUGUGAAAAUAUGCUUGACUGCCCAGGUAAACUAUCCUACGUUGUCAUAGGCAAGUUGUGUGCUUGAUUUACACAGUUCAACUUAAGUUGUAAGUAGGUUGCAUGAGAAAGUUUUAGGCAAAGUUGUGUAGUGUUCAAUAAAUCAGCCUUAACGCUACUUGUUUUGAAUUACAUUUCAACUACGAAGGACAAGAGCAGACAGAUGUGGAAUAUAACAGGUUUCGUAAUGUUGACGUAUUCUACUGUUUUCCGUACUAGAUGAUGGUCAUUUUACAUCUUGGCCAGACUGGGCGGAAUGCUCGUCUGAUUGUGAAGGAGUUACCUAUAAAACGCGAGAGUGUGUGGCUGAUGAAAGUGAAAAAUGUGCUAGCUUAACAAAUGUUACUAUGGAAUGCAAUACUGGAUUGUGUCCAAGUAAGGAUUUUGUGAGACUAAAAAAAAUAUAUUUAUUUAUGUGUGAUAUGAGCCCCACCAAUGUUGAGAUCCCGUUCUUGAUAUUGUUUUGAUCUCGCUUGAGCCAGAGCAGAUCCUGCCAUUACUCAUUUGAAACCUUUCAGUGGGCACAAGCAUAUUUUCAAUACAGACGGUAUAAUUUACUAUUUCUAGUUGACGGCUCAUGGUCGCAGUGGACUCCGUGGUCAUUGUGCAGUAAAACAUGUGGUGAACAAGAAGAAACGAGAACGAGAGUUUGUGAGAAUCAGAGGAAUGGAGGACUUUACUGUUCUGGUCAUGAUAUUGAAGUGAUGCCAUGUAAUGAGUACGACUAUGUCCCCUGUCCAGGUAAAUUGUUGAUAUCUAGUUCAAGAAUGAGACGUCAUAAGAAUGAGUAAGUGGACACGGAGGACAGUGGAUUUUCUAAAAAAUGAAAAGACAAUGAAACAUUCCAAUUACUGAGAUGAAAAAUCAUUAUCGAGUUUAAUAAAUUAAUUUCCUUACACCCUUACAAAAAGUGCUCAGACUUGGCUAUAGAGCCAUGUUUUCGUUUUACUGAUGACCUACUUGUCAAGGUAUUUUAUGUUAUUUCUAAUAUAACUGUGUGAUUUCGUAAAUGUGUCCUUCAGUAACAAGAUAAGGACUCGAAACUCAAGAUCUCAAAUCACGAAAACGGGGCUCAAUAGCCAAGGCUAAGUUCUUUCUCGAAGGGUGUUUUUCGCAUCCAAUAAAUUACAGAACCGUGUUUGAACGCUUUCUAAUUAUCGUUCCGACGACAUUUCAAGGACGUUCUAAGUAAUUUACGAAGAGUUUUUCCACAAAGUGUCGCAUUCUUUUUAUUUAAAUAUUAGAAAAUGUAUACCCUUUUCUAGACCCACCCCCGGCUCAAUGGUCAGAUUGGUCUUGGUGGACGGUGUGUACAGAGAGUUGUGGCGUGGGGAAUCAACAACGUUUCAGACUAUGUAACAACCCACCUCCCGCUCAUGGCUGGCCUUCGUGUGCGGGUGUAAAGAAUGAAACAGAAGAAUGCAACACUCAUUUCUGUCCAAGUAAGAAAACCUUAAUCAUGUCGUUUCAAAAUAUAGUUUGACGAAAGAAACGUGUUGUGGGAAAGAACUUUUGCAUAAACCUUGACUUGCAUAAACGAUAAGUUAUCUUGCAUCAGUUUUCAAACCUUUAAUGGAGAGGUUAAGAAAUGAACCACUACCUCUCACUGCCUUAGUACGCAUUUGAUUGGUUAAUCGGAUAUAUCAAACGCAUUUGAUUGGUUAAUCGGAUAUAUCAAAUGCAUUUGAUUGGUUAAUCGAAUAUAUCAAACGCAUCUGAUUGGUUAAUGGAAUAUAUCAACGCAUUUGAUUGGUUAAUCGGAUAUAUCAAACGCAUCUGAUUAGUUAAUCGGAUAUAUCAAGCGCAUUUGAUUGCCAUGAAAUGUCUUUGAAAACCUCGGCCUCACACUCAACUCAGUUUUUCAAGUCCUCGUAUCUAUCUAUUUCGGCUCAUCUUUCAACUUCAAAUUCUUUAUUAUAUAUCAUUACCUUGAUAUUCAAAGAUGAAAUUAAUAUUCUCCUAGUUGAUGGUGGCUGGAGUGAAUGGAUGAGCUGGACUCAUUGUACACUGGAGUGUGGCAACGGAACUCAAGUUCGAGGAAGGGUUUGUGUCAAUCCUGGAGCACAAUAUGGCGGUCAAGACUGCGAGGGUGAUCCAAUUGAAGUACAACAUUGUAAUGUCGAUCCUUGCCCAAGUAAGUUGAUUGAGUGUUAUUAUUCUUAGUUGUUAAGGUAUAUCGUAUUUGCUUGUGGUAAUAGACGCCUUGCCACAGAAUAGAGACAUACAGAAGGUCGACUCGAGUAACCGCUACCACGCCAUGUGUCGUCAUCAAAAUACUGACGCCAUGGGCCUAGCCAGCGCACUUAUGAGAGGCAAUACCCCCUGGACGUGCACCAUUUUGAAUAUUUUCAGGGGGUGAAUGCCUUUCAAACGCGCACUGGCUAGACCUUGGCGUCAGCAUUUUGAUGACGAAUUACGGUUACGCCAAAAUCAUUGAAAAAUCACAGGAAAAACCAAGAAGUCGGCCUUCUGUAUAGUCUAUACUGUGGCCUUGCACAACGUUUGAACAAUGAAUCAUUAGAUGACAUGAAGAAUGGAAUGUUUGAAUCACUAGGUUGUGACACACUUUCACUAUUGUAAAUGUUGAGAAUUGUGAGGCGUUCAGCUCAAGUUGAUGCAUUGAUUGUUCAAUCGGUAUUGCUAGACUUGAUAAGUGAUCAUUGCUUGAUUGUAUUAUUGAUUAACUUAUUGAUUACUUUUCUUGUCGUUUUAGUUGAUGGAGAACUUACACUCUGGAGUUCCUGGACGUAUUGUAACAAACCAUGUGGCAAUGGUACUUCCGACAGACGACGAUCAUGUACGAACCCAACCCCGAUGUAUGGUGGAAGAAACUGUAGUGGAGAGACCCUGGAGUGGAAUGAAUGUAACACACAUCCUUGCAUUUGUGAGUUUAACCUUAUUUGGCAUGUGAUAGAAAGUGAUAAACGUAUAUUGUAUUGUUUUCUGUUGUAUUCUAUUCUGCUCGAUUGCAUUGUAUUCUAUUGUUUUCCAUUGUAUUCUAUUGUUUUCCAUUGUAUUCUAUUGUUUUCUAUUUUAUUCUAUCGUAUUAAAUUGUAUUGUAUUCUAUUCUAUUCUAAGUACUAGUUAACACAUGAACAGCCGAUCUUUAUCUGAUAUAAAAACUCGAGCCGAAGGCGAGAGUUUGUAUAUCAGAUAAAGAUCGGAUGCGAAUGUUUUAACGUACUUAAAAAAAGGACCAAUCUUAUGAGUUCAUUGACGAAGUAAUUUUAAAAAUAAACAUUGUCUAAGCCGAGAAAAUCAAAGCUGAAGUUUAUGUAAAUCAGGACAAAUCAUUAUCCGAUUUACAAACAUUGAUUAAACAUUCAUUUCUUUUGUAUUUUUCUCAGUUUUUUAAUUUUGUUGUAUUCUAUUCUAUUCUAUUGUAUUCUAAUGUUCUUUAUUUUAUUGUGCUGUAUUCUAUUCUAUUCUAUUCUAUUCUAUUGUUCUUAUUGUAUUCUUUAUUGUAUUACAAGAUGAUCAAGAUGAUCAACUUUUUAUUUUUCAGCUGUUGACGUCGUCCUGGAUGUAACGUUCAUAAGUGUUUCGUGGCAAGAAUAUUUGUCAGAUAUAGUAUCUUUUCAAAGUGAUAUUAGAAGACUUGUAAGUAUGAACAUUUCCCGCCUAGUUGGACGCAAAGGAGGGAAUGAUAACCAUAUAUGUUCACUCCUAGUCACCUGCCUUGUACCCAGGCGCUUUAAAUAAUUAUACAUGAAGUAUUCAGGCAUGCGACGCGCGAAGGGGCUGUUGGGAAGUGCACUCUUCCCAUCAGCCCCUUCGCCCGUCUCUCCCCACUACAAUACUUCAUGUAAACUCGUCAUAUGCGCAUCGCUGUUUUUUUACAAAGAGACGCCUGGGUACGAGGCAGCCUAGUCACAGCUAGCAGCCAGUAAAGCAUGAAAUGUUUUUCUGUAUUUUAGAAACGAUCUCUCUAUUUUUCAUUUCCACCUGGAGUGAGCUUCUUAUCAUGCGAGUACGUAGGCCUACUAAAUAUUAAAGAUAGUUUAUUAUUUUAGUUUGCAGAGAAUGUACUUGGUACUAAAUUGUUAUUUCGUAUUUUUUACUAGCCGUGACGCUGCUGAUAAAGUGCGAUGCUCAAUCAAUGUGUACUACCAGUCCCUUGCAGAUGUAGAGUUAGUUCUUCUUCAAGAUAAACUAGUUCAUCCAACUACACAAACUACUCUGCAUAAUAUGACAUCAGAAAAUGGUAGGAUUAUACUGUUGUUUGUUUUAGCUUUAUUUUGUAUUGUGUUUCGAUAAUUAGAAAGUUAAAUAAUUACUGUUCUUUUAAGUCAUGUCAUCGCCACUGCAAGCGAGAUCAACAUCUCCUAGUUCAACCAGUAUUAAUGUGGAAUGGGAUGCUUUACCAUCUGGAGUUGAAACAGCACAAACAAAAGCCCUCAGUGGAUACAUUGUAUUUUAUAAAGAAAGUACAGCCGAAAGUUACAGUAAGAUUGCAGUACAACCAAGUUUACGCACAAAAACAUUGGAAAAUCUUAAGAAGUUUACACAAUAUAAAAUUGUAGUUUGUCCAUAUUCAGAAAAUGGAAAUGGAGUACCAAGCUUACCUUUUGAAGACACAACUUUGGAAGAUGGUAAGGAUUUAGAUCAGAAUUAGGAUUAAGGAUUAGAUUAGGAUUAACUUAUAUACGUUACAUUGGAAGAUGGUAUGGACUGAGGUCAGAAUUAACAAAUAAUCUAGAUUAGGAAGAAGGUUUAGAAUAAUUAAGAUAAAACAUGGAAUCGAAAUACAUGGAGGAAAGGCUAACGUUUUUCAACACAAGUUUUAGUUUAUACUUCGGUAAUAAACACUUUCUCGUUAAUUAUAUAUUACUUGUUACAACCACUAAUAUAACUUGAUAUUCGUCAUUAUUAUUUUCUAGUCCCCAGUGUUCCUCCAGAAAUAACAAACAUCUCAUCAACCUCAACUUCACUCGAGGUAACUUGGACACGUAUUCAUGAUCUAUAUUGGCAUGGUGUGCCACGUGGUUACUGCGUGACGUGUCAGGCAAGAGGUUCAUCUCAAAGUGGCAUCCAAGAGAUACAAGAUCCUUCUCAAUUAAGUGCAAAUAUCACUUCUCUUAAACCUUAUACGCGAUAUUAUGUCCAAGUGGCAGCCAAGACUGGCGCUGGGUGUGGAGCUCAAGACAGGACUAGUCACGUUACAAUGGAAGAUGGUAAGAAUUUGAAACUGUCUUAGUUAUAUAUAAGAUAGUAAUUUAUCGCCAUCUAAACUCGUUAACCUUCUUCCAGCUCCAAGCGGGCCACCUCAGAAUGUCUCGGCUGAAAGUACUGGAACCAAAACUGUUGGGAUUCUUGUUAAAUGGGAUGAAGUGAGACCUGAGGAACGAAAUGGGAUCAUACUAGGAUACAAAGUGAAUUACUGGACUGGCACAAAACCGAAAGAAACAGUCAAUGUUCCUAAUAGCAGUGCUCGAAAAAUUGAAAUUUCAAGACUGAUGUUCCUCACAGACUAUAAAAUGGAAGUUAUAGCUUAUACAGGUGCUGGUGAUGGUCCUGCAAGUGCCGUGGUCACAGCCACUACUGAUGAAUCAAGUAAGAUUUACUUUAAUGUAGGAAUCAUUCUAAAAAUGCUAUCACUCAAAUGUUAUCUUAGCUUUCCAUACCAUGCUCUACCAAACCAUACUGAACCCUACAUUACCUUACCAUACCAUAUAUUUAUUUAUCUAUCUAGCUCCUGCAGUAGGCCCGGUAAUAGUAGAAGCAUACAAUAAAAGUUCAACCAAGAUAUUUCUACAAUGGGAAGUUAUCGAUGCACUAGAUCAUCGCGGGGUUUUACUGGGUUAUCGGAUUUUUUAUCGUCCUUCAAACACUAAGAGAAAAGCAGAAAUGAUAGAAAUAUCUAAUCCUGGCAUUCUUGAAUAUGAAUUCACUGAUCUCUUCUGGUGGUGGUGGUAUGAAAUACGUAUUGCAGGCUAUACAAGAAUUGGAACUGGAGUCGCAUCAAAUAUUACUGUACAAACUGAUGAAGAAAGUUAGUGGAAUUUUGUCUAUAUUGGAUAGUAUAAUCCACCAGUUCUAAACUGUUCUCCCCACAAGUCUCCCCAACUCUUGCUAAUCCAGUCUGACUACAGGAAAAAACUAAAGUUCCCAGAAAAACCUGCGGAGUCCAACUGGAACUCUUUUUCCUUUUAGUUCCAAGUCGUUAUCCAGAAAACAUUCGUGGUAAUGCUCUAACAACUACAAGUAUGUUGUUUGAAUGGGACCCUGUUCUAGCAGGUUUUGCACACGGUGUAAUACUUAGUUAUCAAUUAACUGUUCGUGAAACUGAUGACCUCAGUAAUGUCAUUAUUAAUACCACACUUGCUGCAUAUGAACGAUCUUAUUACAUGGAAGGAUUGAAGAAAUAUACUAAUUACACAAUGUGGGUCAGUGCUAGUAACUCGAAAGGACAAGGUCCUAUUUACGAACCUGGACACAUAAAUUCCACUGGAGAAGACGGUAAGGCAAAAUGUUUAUUAUUACUGUUGAAAAACACUGUUUUGAUAAGAGUUUUGUACUUUUCUUCAGGCCCGGAAGUUCCUCCAGACAACAUCAGAGUUUCAACACUUGAACAUAUUUCUGAGAUAAAGUUAGAAUGGGAAAGAAUUCCUCCUGAAUAUCAUAAUGGCAUUCUGCGUGGUUAUUAUAUUGAAUAUACUGCGACAGUUUUAGCUGGAGAGCCUGUGCCCACAGAGAAACGUGUUGUUCAGUCGAAGAGAAUACGAGGGAAUCGUUAUGCAACAAUUGUGACAAACCUUGAUCCUGGAUCGACGUAUGAAAUGAAGAUUUUUGGAUAUACCAAAAAGAAUGGAACAAAAAGUAACGUGACAGUUGGGGGUAAGUAAGAUUAACAAAGGAUGUCAAAGUUAAUUCUCAGAAAUAUUCACAAAAGAUCAACAUCGAUGUUAUGUUUAUUUAUUAUUUUCAGCGACGUGUCGUUGUCCAAAAUAUAUUCGUUCCAAUUGGUGGGUUCUCCCUCCUUAUACCAACAUUUCCAACCCAGAGUCACCUGGAGGAAUCUUCUUUAUGGUAGCCAGACAAAUUCUGGACGAGAUGUGUGGUACUUGUCUAAAUGGUCAUGGUCAAACAGAAUUUUGUCACGAAGAAGGUUGUGACAAGAAACGUCGACGUCGUCGCUCAACUGGCAACAGUUAUCAAAAAAGCAGUUUACAAGCUGUUGCAACGAAUAUUGAUGAGAACGUAGAAGUCAGUUUUCCAGUUCCAGGCAAUAGAUUUAUGACAACCUAUGGUGGCGUGUUUCCGUUUAUUUCUGUUGUGGAUGCGCCUGGUUCUGCUUAUUUUACUGUCAAGAAUGUUCCCUCAACGGCUGAAGUUGUCGUCACCGCGGCGUUAGCGUGUUUACCAAUGAUUUUACUCAUGACAAUGUUUGCCUGGAUGGCUGGGGUUGUUAUUUGGGUCUUGGUAAGUUAUUGAACUGUGUACAGUGCUUUUGGUUUUCGACCCAUUUUUUUCAAAAGUUCAGUUUUAUUUCCAAGCUACUCUAAACGUUUGGGUGACAUUCUAAAACCUUUCAUUGUUUUAUCCAAAAUAUUGGCUAGAAAGCAGGGAUUGCAGAUAUGCUUGACGUGUACUUCCCUCUUUCGUUCAAACCAAACAUUAGGACAAUAGUCAAAACAAUCUCUAAUUUUACAGGAACGACAUCACAAUGCAGAACAUUUUCCAGAUCCAUUCACGAAAGGAGUUCCAGAAGGAUUUUGGUGGGCGUACAUCUCUAUGACAACUGUAGGGUAAGUAAAUCUAGAAAUUAUUUGCUUUCAGUUGCAAAGUAUCCAGGUCUUGUUUGCUGCUUGUUUCUGUUGUUACAUACGUGUAAAUAUUUGUACACACCAUCGCGCAUUUUCAGAUACGGAGAUCGCAGUCCCGUCACCAUACCAGGACGUCUUUUUGCGAUCGUCUGGGUCUUAAUGGGUCUUGUGAUUAUCUCGAUUGUAACUGGAGGAAUUGUGACGUCAAUUACUUCAAUUUUGGUUAUACAGGAAGAUAAAUUAUAUGGAGCACAGGUAAAAUGAUUUGCUUGAAUAAAGUCUAGGUUUAACACCAAUCAAUUGCCUGACUUGAUCACAAUAAAUAUCUUUUGUUUAGGUGGGCGCCAUAGAAAACUCCGCUGAAUACAGCAAGGCAGUUCGACAGAAUGCAGACGGUAAGACAUUGUAAAAUAAAAUACCCAAAGCUAUUUUACUUAGCACCAAUUCCAAUUAUUAAAACGUCUGUAUUUUGAACAGUUGUUGGUUUCGAUAACAUGGAAGAUGUCAUCAACGCAAUGCACAAUAAAGAAAUUGCUGGAGCUUUACUCGACAUGUAUGCAGCAGCGACAAAGAAAGACUCAUUUGGUGGAGGAGAUAUUCAGUUGAAUCGUUUGAUUGAGUAUCCAACAGGUUAUGGUUUUAUCUUGUCUGGGGACAUGGCUAAAGCUGCGCCCUUAUUCCGGGAAGCUCUCGCAACACACAAGAAUAAGAUUUCUGAAAUUGUUGAAGGGAAUACAGAGAGUAUUCAGCUGGUUAGUGUGACAACUUAUUUUCAGUUUAUCUUCUCUUACCGCUUGUUCCUGGUUUCCUCCUGUGAGAUGACUGGACCUGUAUAGCAGAACUUAAGUUUAGGAUAUCGUGGAGCCACAUUUGUCUUCAUGAAUUCAUAUUUGUCUUCACAGGACAGAAACGAGGCUGAAGAAGCGAAGGAGAAAUCUUCAGGUUUAUUUGAUCCAUCUUCUGAAGCAUUUACAAGUUCAUUUAAAGUGACAGUCAGUUUAUUGGUGACCGUAAUUGUAGCUGGAUUGAUCUGGCAUUUUGGGAGAUAUAGAAAGAAUGUGAAAACACUUGAAUCCUUAAGUAAGUUUUAAUUUAGAGAGGUUGUUUCUGUGACCACAGAAGGCCGAUUUUUGCAUAUAUGUAAAUUCUAAGUUUUAAGGAUUUGUCAGAAUAUUUUGAGAGGACUGACUCAUUGUUUAGUAGUAAGUCAGUUCCCUCAAAGAUUUCUUACAAAUCCUUCAAAACUUGGAAUUUACCCAUGCAAAAUUCCUACUGUGAUCACAGGAAAACCAGGCCUAAUAGUUAACCUUGAUCUAAAGAAAUUGAACUACAACUUCAUAUUUUGUAGAAGAACAAAUCCCUUCACUGAGGAUAUCAGAAUAUUUGAAGACAGAUGCACAAGACACAGUAGAGAAUUUCACUACGACAUUACAGAAGGAAAUUAAGUCUCUUCGAGAUAAACACGUACGUGAACUGAGAAGGCUUUUCGAAGCUCAAAGACAGAGUUAUAAAGCAACUUCGACUAUUUCCGUCCGUCAACGACGGGCGCGAGUAAGUCCCGAAGUCAACGCGGCGAUGGACUAUAACGAAACUUCGGAUAAGCGUCGAAAAUCGUUUUUUCCCGACUUUAAGAAACAAAGAUCAGCCCAAAUUCAUCCAGUGGAAAGCUAAGGAAGCAUUGAGCUCACAGACUUGAUAAAAUCAUCAGAAACUUAAACUUACAACCUUCUUCAACGUUGGAAUGGGAGCCAUUUUGAAUAACUGAAAUUUUUUAAUCCAUUUAAAAACAUUCGCAGUCCGUACUUUAUCAGAUAUAAAACACUCGAGCUGUUUUAUAUCUGAUAAAGCACUCCUGCUCACGUUGUAAAUAGUACAUAAUUUUUGAC